AUCCCGGAGCGAACCCGCCAGCAGUACCAAGACAACAUGACGUGGAUCCGCGAGGCCGGGCGCCACCAGAUGGUCGUGGGAAGCCAGGCCAGGAUUCUUUACUCGGACCAAGUCGGACGCGUCAGGCUGGCUCAGGCCUUCAACGAAGCCGUCAGGACGCAUAGACUGAAGGGUCCUGUGGUAAUUAGCAGAGAUCACCAUGACGUCAGUGGCACCGACUCGCCGUUCAGGGAGACGUCGAACGUGUAUGACGGGUCCGCUUUCUGUGCAGACAUGGCGGUCCAGAACUUCAUCGGCGACGCCUUCCGCGGCGCGACGUGGGUGGCGCUGCACAACGGCGGGGGCGUCGGCUGGGGCGAAGUGGUGAACGGAGGCUUCGGGCUUGUGCUUGACGGGACGGAGGACGCCCACUACAAGGCCACACUCACGCUCAACUGGGACGUGUCCAACGGCGUGGCCAGGAG